CAUGUUAUGCAGACUUGACAUGGAUGUAUUUGCGAUUGAGAAGAUGGCAACUAAAUAUAAUGGCGCCUUUUUGGAACUCUUGUCAAAACUUCAAAGCGUGGCGCAAACAAAUAAAAUGCUUCGUGCUUUGAAACUUAUCUCAUUUAGCGGGUCUCAAUCUGAAAUUCUUUUCAUUAAGGAGGUACUUGCCUGUUUUUCAGCACUUGAAAAGGAUUUCAUUAUUUUUGACGAACCUAACUAUAAAAAGAAGUUCAAGUUUGGAAUUAGGCAACAACUUUUGCGUUUUCCUCGUGCCUCCACAAAAGCAGAAAUUGUUGUUAUGUUUCUGUUGAACUAUGCUUUUUGGUUUGAGUGAUGUGCCAAAUGACAAUUUG